AAAAAAUUGUAACUCUACAAUUGAUCGCAUCCAUAUAACUAUUCCUAUUCCUAUACAUCCCAAUCCAGAACCUCUCCACAUACUUUUCCUUUAUUUUUGAACCUAAACUCUCUUUCCCUUUAUUUGCCUUUUCCUUUUCUCAAUAGCUGUGAAAAAAUCAACUAAUAAAGCAAAGAGAAUCGCGUUUCGAAAUCGGAGAAAGAAAAGAAAAGAAACCAACCAUGAUGGAAGUGGAAACGAUGCAGCUUCACCAACAGCACCACGAUGAAGGAGAAGCUUCUUUUCAUCAUCAACACCUUUCUCCUUCUCUCAGUUUCAGCAGUUACUCAUCGGAGACCCUCGCCGACAUCGCCGCCAGAGUCAUCCAGGAGCUUCGAUGUGACUCGAAUUCUCUCUCCGACGACGACGCGAUUUUCCACCAACCAUGGGAAAACGACAACACCUUCGAAACUUCAAACGACGAUUCAACUCAUCAAAACGACAACGACGAUAGCGAUUUCGAAUUCACUUUCGUUUCGACAGACCCGGUGGUUUCCGCUGAUGACAUUUUCUGUAACGGUCAGAUCAAACCUAUGCAGUAUCCGGUAUUCGGCCAAAAUCUUCUAUUAAACGACGAAGACGAUGCCGUUUCGACGGUUCCUAACGAAACGACAAGACGACGUCGUUUACCUUUAAGAACGCUGAUGUUUGAGGAAAGCGAAACGACGGCAUCGUGUUCGUCUUCGACGGAUGAGAGCGUCGAUUUGGAAGGUGUAGCGGAAGGGAGUUACUGCGUUUGGAACCCUAAUUUGGUUGCAAUUGGAAGCAAAAAGAGUAGUUCCACGGGUUCUGGAUCGAAGCGGUGGAAGUUUCGGAAUUUGCUUAUAAGGAGUCAUAGCGAUGGGAAGGAUAAGCAACCGGUGAUGUUUAAGAUUCCUUCGACGAAGGCGGAUAAAGUGGCGGUGAACCCUGGUGCGACGGUGGAGCAUGACGGAAAGACGAAGAGGAAGUCGUUCUUGCCUUACAGGCCUGAAUUGGUUGGACUUUUUGCUAAUGUCAAUGGGCUUGGUCGGAAUUUGAAACCGUUUUGAUUUUCCGGCCCCAAUUGAAUAUUAUUAUUAUUUUUAAUCAUAUUUUAUCUUCUGCUUUGUUAAUCUAAUGAUAUUUCUGUUUUGUUCGUAUUCAUCUUUUUGGAGCGCGUCUAUCGUAAUUGAAGAGUUUGAGAUGUAUUUAUUAUUUAUUCUGUAAAUUCUUUAAAGUUUUUUUUGUCAGGUAUCAUACUUCUAUAGGUGAUAGGUAUGAUUUUUAUUUUAUUUUAUAGAAGUUUUCUGGUGGAAUUUGUUUGUAUUUGAAUUAGUGUGUUGGUGGAAUUUUUGUAUAUAUUAAGAUGGCAAAGUAUAUAUGGGUUACUUUUAGGCUA